AGCGAGUCACGGCGUGGGGCCGCUCUUGUCGGCCGCUCGUCUCUGUAGCGCCCCCUCCGCCCGCGGCCGCGGGUGGGAGGACUAGGACGCCGCCGGCGCGCGUGCGCGCUCCUCGGUGCAGCUAGUCUGCGUGCGUGAGUGGGAGGUGGCAGGCCUGCUACUCUGGCCUUCCCGGCUGCCUGUUCUAGCGCGACGUCUCCAGCCAUGAACCGGUUUGGUACCCGGUUGGUGGGAGCCACGGCGACUCCGUCGCCGCCGCCGAAAGUCCGCAGCAACGAAAACCUCGAUAAAAUUGAUAUGUCUUUGGAUGAUAUCAUCAAAUUGAACCGAAAAGAAGGAAAGAAGCAGAAUUUUCCAAGACUAAAUAGAAGACUCCAACAGAGUGGUACUCGGCAAUUCAGGAUGAGAGUACGAUGGGGAAUCCAACAGAAUUCUGGUUUUGGUAAAACUAGUCUGAGCCGUAGAGGAAGAGUAAUGCCUGGAAAGAGACGUCCUUAUGGAGUUAUCACGGGUCUUGCAGCUAGGAAAGCAACUGGAAUUCGAAAAGGAAUUAGUCCUAUGAAUCGUCCACCUCUAAGUGACAAGAAUAUAGAACGAUAUUUUCCAGUGUUAAAAAGAAAGGCAAACCUUCUGAGACAAAAUGAAGUGCAGAGGAAACCAGUUGCAGUUCUCAAGAGACCUAACCAGUUAAACAGAAAAUGUCUGAGAAAGGAAGAGAAAGCUGGAGGAAAUAACGUUCCAGCUAAUUUUACCAGGAAUGGAAAUAAAUUAAGCCAUCAGAAAGAUACGCGUCAGGCAACUUUUCUUUUCAGAAGAGGCCUGAAGGUUCAGGCCCAGUUGAACACAGAACAACUGCUAGACGAUGUAGUAGCAAAGAGAACUCGUCAAUGGCGAACUUCUACCACAAAUGGAGGAAUUUUGACUGUAUCCAUUGACAAUCCUGGAGCAGUACAGUGCCCAGUAACUCAGAAGCCACGAUUAACUCGUACUGCUGUACCUUCGUUCUUAACAAAACGGGAGCAGUCUGAUGUAAAGAAAGUUCCUAAAGGUGUUCCCCUACAAUUUGACAUAAAUAGUGUUGGAAAACAGACAGGGAUGACUUUGAAUGAGCGGUUUGGGAUCCUGAAGGAACAAAGAGCCACUUUAACGUUCAACAAAGGAGGAAGCCGCUUUGUAACUGUGGGAUAGAUCCCAUAUCAAAGAGACUUUUAAGUGAUGACUCUAUUUGAAAAGUUAAAUUGCUUGAAGAGUUCAUCACAGAAAUUCAAGAAACUUUACUUCAAAAUAUUCACAAGGCUAAAUAACUCUUAUUUUUAUUUUUGAAGUUUUUUUAAAAAACAUAUGUAAAAUAAUGCCCUGAAAGAAUAACAGGGAUUGUAUCUAUCUGUUCUUAAAGAUUUCAUGGUUGGCCCAGACAGAACAAUUCUCUAUUUGACAUCUUUGGUUCCUCACGCAGCAGAAGGAAGACAGAAAGAUAGAAAUUGAUUAUUUUUAUGAUAGUGGUAUUUAGGAUCUUACCACCUUUGUCCAUUUUUUAGAUUUUGCUGUGGUAAAUCUUGGUCUUCGGAAAUAUGAGUAGGUCUCUUUGUUGCUGUCACUUAUCCUUUAAUAGUGUUGAUGUAAUAAGUGCAGUUGCCUUUUCUUCAUUUGAGAUAUAAAAAAUUUAUGUAAAUUUUAGUUUGGGUUUUAAGAUGUAUGGAAAUAUCUGGAACUUGGUUCAUUUUUCAGGUAGUGUUAGGCUAAUCCCCCAGAGUUAUAUCUUUAGUGCUGAACUUUUAACAAAAAAUACGGCUCUAGACAUUAUUCUCAGUUUAAAAUGUUGGUGUUUGAAGGCUGUAAAUGCAUAUUUACAAAGAAAUCUGGUAGGGUCUUGGAAGAGAAGGUCUAAUUUAAAAAUCUGACAGUUUGUGUUUAGUAAAUGAAGAAAGCAUGAGAGGAAGUGGCAAGUUGAAGGACAGGUAACUGAGAUGAAAAGUUUCAAAACCCAGGUCAUAGGUAUACUGUUUGGAUUUAGUGUAGUCUUGAGUCUCUUGUCCAUAAAGAAUUUUUCAAGUGAUAUUUAGAAAAAUUAUAAUAAUUAAAAUGAUUGAGUCCCUUAGAUAUUUUGAUAGUAAAAUUGAUAGCCAUAAAGUUCUAGACUUCUUAUUUAAAAAGUAUAAAUUUGUAAGCUUUUAAGCUUGCUAAAUUAAAUAAUUUACAGAUCCAAAAACAAAAAUAUGCUUGUAUGUGUCACAAAGUAAAAAAUGCAGUUACAUUGUAACUCUCUUAUGUACCUCUCACUCUGAUUAUUUAUGUGGUGUAAAGUUCAGGCAUUUAUGGGAAGACAAGGAUUUUUCCUCCCUCUCUGGAGGCUUGGAAAGAGUUAAUCUGUUGUGCCAAGAUAGUGCUAAGAGUACUCAGAUAGUUGUAUACUAUAAAUUACAAUAUAAUGCCAAAAUGCAGCAAAAUAUUUCAGCUAUAAGUUAUAAGUUUGGUCAUUUUGUAGCUUGACUUUUUGGUUUGCUAUAAUGUUAAGACCUCUAAUGGGUCUUAGUUUCUCUGAAGUAUACUAUUAUUGUUGACUUUUCCUGUAAAACAAAGCAUUAAGUUAUCUUUCCUGCCUGCCUUGCAUUGUAUACUAGACUUCAUUGUUGUCUCUCAUGCUUCUUGGGUUACUUAUUGAUUUAUGUUACCCAUGGAAAACUAUCAAUAACAGUUUCAUGCUUAUACCAAAGAAUUAAAUCUGGUCCUUAAUAUCUGAUAUUUUGCCAGUACUUAUACUGAUAAGGGAUUAUUGGAAGCCAGUCACAGAAUUUGAAAAUAAACAGUCUCUCUUUAGCUAUUUGAUGCUUUUCAUAGAGGCCAAGAACUUACUGCAAAACAUUUUUGCAAGUAUGAAUGCUUAUAUUUGGUCCAGGAACAAUACAUUUUAUGCUGGUUUAGAAUUACCGAUAGUUUAUUUUAAGGAAAAGGAAAAGCAACUGAGCAUGAAUUCGCUGUCUUUAGAACAGUUUAUGAAAAUAUGGUAUAAAGGUGUUUUUAUUUUCCUGUUAUUUUAAAUAUUGUACAGAGCUAUUAGUAAUGCCAUUUUUUGGAAAACCUUAAAAAUUGCCCCAAAUGUUGACAUUUAAGUGAAUCAAAUAACAAAGUGUCUUUGGUAUAUUAAACUGUUGCUCUUCAUGCAUUUGUAAUUUAAUUUUCAAGUAUAAAAUUUUGCCUUUGGUAUAACUAAAUUAAAACUCUUGAGUAAUAACAUGAUGUAUAUAAACAAAACAAUAUGCUUUGUUGGAGGAAAAUUUCCUUUCUUGGAAUGUGAUUAUAGUCAUCCUUGUUCAGUUAUUAAAGUUUUUGUUUUUGUUUUCAUUUUAAACAGGAUGCAACUUAAAAUUUCCUUUGCAUCAAGGUGUAUGCAAAACAUUGAUGCAGUGCAUCAUAAAAUGAAAGUUUGUAUUUAAUGAGGAGGUGCUUUACACUGUACUUUUGGUGUUUUUUUUGAAAAGUUACAUUUAGAUCUAUUCUGAAGCUGUUCAUUUUUAACAAAUAAAAUGUUACAGGUUUCACAUGAUUUAUUCUUAGCU